UGUCACUUUUUGUUCGAGUGUUGUAAGAGAAUAAUCUAAAUCGAAUUUGUUGCCAUGUUCCGCAAUAAAUAUGAUAAUGAUGUGACAAUAUGGAGUCCCCAGGGGCGUCUUUAUCAGGUCGAAUACGCCAUGGAGGCAGUGAAACAGGGAAUGGUUACUGUGGGAAUAAAGUCCCAAGAUUAUGCAGUCCUGGUAGCUCUCUGUCGCGCAGAGGGUCAUACGAAUGAUAUACAGCGAAAGAUAAUGCCCAUCGAUUCACAUUUGGGUAUGUCGAUUGCUGGUCUAACUGCCGAUGCCAAACAAGUGUGUCAAUAUCUUCGCACCGAAUGUAUGUCCUAUCGCCAUACAUAUGAGGCGGCGUAUCCGGUAAGCAGAUUGGUAACCAAUCUGGGUAACAAAAUGCAGCCCACAACCCAACGUUAUGAUCGUCGGCCGUAUGGAGUGGGAAUGCUGAUAGCCGGCUAUGAUUUAAAGCCACAUAUCUACCAAGUGAUGCCAUCGGCCAAUGUCAUGAAUUGCAAAGCAAUGGCCAUUGGCGCACGAUCUCAGAGUUCACGUACCUAUUUGGAACGUCAUUUGGAUAGCUUUUUGUACAGUUCGAAGGACGAGAUUAUCUGCCAUGGCAUUCAGGCUCUGCGCAGUUCGUUGGGCAACGAUUGUGGGGAGAAUAUAAAAAUUACCAUAGCUUUAGUGGGAAAGGAGCAGACAUUCAUGACUCUAUCUGACGAGGAGUGUAUCAAAUAUUUAAAUAUGGCUCAAACUCUGGCUAAACCAGAUGUGUCAGCUAAUGAAUCGGAUGAUAAUUUGGAUGACGCUGAUAAUGUUAAUGAUGAUUAUAAUGAUGAUGAUAAUGUUCAUCUUGAAGACAGUGACGAUGAGGAAUACCUACGUCGCAGGGAACAGUUCUCAGAAGGCACUGAUUCGGAUCCCGGGAGAGUUCUUUAGAUGGAGAAGGUGAAGAAAAUAAGCCAAAUUUGUUGUACCCAAAUAUUGUUGUAUGCAUUAAAAAUAUAUUAUUCUCGUACUGGAA